AUGUUCGAGCGCUCUGCGACCCAUUUACCAGACCGGAUGCAUGCUCUUCUUGAGCAUGAUUAUCAAUGGAGAUGGCCCGACAACAGCCACCAUCUGGCGAAUUGGGUAGAUGAUCCUAGCAAAUGUGCCAAAAAAUCGGAAGAGGACACCACAACAUACGCAGAAAGAGAUAGCAGAAGGAACUUUGUACGAGAGUUCAUAACAAACGAGCAGGCACAAUGGCUCCGCUGUGCCGUCAUCACCAGUCGUGCACUGGAGUAUCUCCAAGCUUGUCGGCGUCAAAAACUGAUCUUACAGGGGCUGUCCCCCAGCGGUCAGGACUACAGUUUUGAGCCGAGACUUUUUUACCAGUAUAUAUGGAUAUGCCUCAACCAAGGGACCGGGACACGACUUUGGAAAUCAGCACCACUAAUGUUUCUAAUUCCCGAAACUGAGUCAGAUUCAGGCGAUCUGGUUGUCUUGACAGCUCAGAGAUUGUUGGAAGUUACGAUCCGGAAUUGGGAGCAGGGCAUGGAUUUGGGAAGCAUAUUUCCAACACUAUCAUUAGACGAUGUGCUACCGUUACCACACGACGCAGAACCCCAGAUAAAUGAUCAAGGCUUAAACAAGGCCAUAUCAAAUUGA